AUAUGUCAUGCAUUAUGCUAUUUCAUAUCUCUUUAAUUUUGGAUGAGAGGUUAAAUAUUUUUCAAAUUUUAAUACUUGUGGAUGGUAUAAAUAUGACAUAAUGCCGUAUUAAGGAACAAAUUUGUACUGUUAGCAGUGGAAAUUGAAUUCACUUCUUUGUUUCAAAGGAACUAUUCAUUUUGUACUUCCAGAUAAUUUCGAAAAAUUAACCUGUAAAAUUGUCAGUUUCGCUGAAAAAAAUAAUUUUAAGGGUAGAUUUGUUUUGUUCGUGUGCACAUAUUGUUCGUGUGGACAUUAGUUAUGCUUCGUAUACUAUUUAUUUUCUGGAUUCAUUGUAUUACAGUUGUCAUGCAGCCGGUGAACUACCUAAUAACAGCAACUAAAAUCAUAAGACGCUACAUCUCAUCCAAAACUGUUGAAAACAUUGGCAUGCGGAGCAAGUUACGAAGCCUUCUAAAGCCCAUACCUAUAGGAGUGGGAGUAAGCAUAUUAACAGUAUUACGAUGGCAGUACAACCGUAACAAGGAAGAGGCGUGUCCUGCCAAAACGUGGCAAGUGACUUGCUACCGUGCAAUCCCCUUGCGGUCUCUCUCUCGCAUGUGGGGGUGGAUGAUGAACAAAGAAUUGCCAGCCUCUCUUCGCCCCUGGUUCUUCUCAGCUUAUGCCUCUGUCUUUGGUUGUAAUCUGGAGGAAGCUAUAAAUGAAGAUCUCAGAUCGUACGCCACGUUUGCGGAAUUCUUCUGCAGGCAGUUGAAGGAAGGAGUCAGGCCCAUCGACGCGGCGUACGUUGUAUCUCCUGCCGACGGCCGUGUCAUGAACAUUGGGAAGGUGGAAUCUUGUCACGUGGAGCAGGUUAAGGGCAUCACGUAUUCUCUCACGGACUUCCUGGGGGAACCCUCGUGGACGAAAGGACGGAAUGAACUGUCCUCGAGCGUGAUGGAUUCAGGUGACUAUUGCCGCUCGCUUUGUGAAAAUGAGAACACAGUACUGCACCAGUGUGUCAUAUACCUCGCUCCAGGAGACUACCACAGGUUCCACUCUCCUGUAGAUUGGACUGUUUGUUUCAGACGACAUUUCAAAGGUGAACUGCUUAGCGUUAACCCUAAAGUUGCCAAAUGGGUCCCUAAUUUAUUCUCUUUGAACGAGCGUGCUGUGUACGUUGGACGCUGGAAACACGGCUUCUUCUCCAUGACAGCUGUAGGAGCGACAAAUGUUGGCUCUAUACAUGUUUAUUUUGACCCAAAUUUGGUGACUAACAAAGGCAAGAAAAAAGGAGCUAAAACGAAUGACCAACACUUUAAUUUUGACCAAAAAGUUUCACUCCAAAAGGGUGAACCUUUUGGAGAAUUCCGGCUCGGUUCUACCAUUGUUUUGAUAUUUGAGGCACCUGCUGAUUUCCAGUUUCAAACAGCAACAGGCGAGAGAACGUUUGUCGGGAAGGCUCUGAGUGACACUUAAAUUGCUCAGUGUGAAAAAAAUCUGUUAAUCAUUGUGUUGUGCAACUCUUUUUCACCAGUGAGUUAAUGUUUUUAAGAUUUUGUAAUUACUUCUAAGAUAGUCAAACUGAGAGUUUAUGUUAUUGGUAAAAUUUUGCUGUUUUUUUCUUUUAUAGUAUAUUAUAAUUUAUCACGCUUCUGCCAUUUCUUUUUUAUAAUAUAUUUUAUUAUGCUUCUGCCAUUUUCUAUCUGCUAGGAUGUUGAGAUCGCCAAAACUUGCUGGUAAAUGAAUCCGUACAGAAUGUCUCAAAAUGAAGUGGUUCAUUUAUAACCAAGCCGUGUAGAGAUGUAGACACGCAGUCAGUUCUCCUGCUUAAAACAAAAGAAAGCUCCAAUCAUCUGUUCUGUACCUGAAGAUUGGGGUACUACUUACUUAGAGUGGCCUUUUCCAAGCAAUUCACGUUUACAGGUAUAUAGCUCAGUACCAACCUCGUGUGAAUGGUUUUCUAAGUGUACGUGUCUCAGUAUGCUUUAUUGUAUAUAGGCUGUGUUAUUUGUAAUUCUAUGCUAUCAACACAAAGUGCAUUAAAUAGAGUUGGGUCAUGUGUAUUUGCUUAAAGUUUACCUACAGCCCAUUGUUAAAUUUAAAUGUUUAAGAGAAAACACUAUUAUUAAAUGGGUCAUACUCCAUGCAUGUUAAAGACUUAAUGGUUGAUGCCUCAAUGCUGUUGAUGCAAAAUUCAGACUUGUGACAUACAUUUCAUCAAUUACUUUUAUUUAAUCAUACAAAAACACUUGUUAUUAGAAUGACAGUUAUUUCCACCCAACAUUCAUUAAGUUAACAGACCUAAGUGGUGCAUAUGGAAACAUUGUUGCAUUAGGCCAUUAUUAUAUCACCAGCUAAAUAUAAUUCUUCUUCUCAAGGAGCCAUUUUCCUGUAAACAAGUAUAUAAUUUGAGAAGCCAGACACACACACAUUCUAACAAAAAUCCUGAGUGUGCACUUGAUGUUUUGUUUCAUGUUGCCAACUAACUAGACACAAAGCCAUAGUUAAUUCUCAAAAGACUUAAAAUAUUAGAUUUCUAUAUCCCAUAUUGGGCAUUCAUUGAAGUUAAGUCAUUGUUUUAUUAUUGUAAGCAAAGUGGAGUAUACAUCAUUUUGAUAAAAGUUUAUGAAACAUACAGUUAGGUUACUGAAUGCUUGUUAUUGCUGAUUUGCAGUGCAGUUCUUAUGAUAAAAAAUUUCUGGAAGUAUUCAGCUUCUUAACAGAACACCUCUUCAGUGGAUUCGUGCAGUAUACUGUACAUCAAAAUCUGUAUAAACUUCAAGGCGGUAAACCUAACCUGCAGCAUUAAAUAUAUGUUUCACUUAUUUUAGUGUUCUAAUUGUGGUAUUGAAUGAUUAUAAGAGUUAAAGUGUAUUUUUUUUAAAUAUAUUUUUAGUAUGUACAGCAUACUGUACAUUGGCCCUUACCAUGAACUUGUAGCUUUUUCUUACAUAACCCUAUUAUUAUAUACAUUGUAGAGGAAAAAAAAAAAGCAUUUAUUUUAUAUUUUUCUACAAACGUAUUAGAAUUGGAAAAUUAUACAUUACAUUACAUUAAUAUUACUGAAAAAUAAUUCUAGUACAAAUUUCAGAAGAAAAUAAAAAUGUAAAAAAAAAUUUACUGAGGUUAAUUUUGAACUUUCACUUGCUCCAACAACUACAAAUGCACAACUAUUCUGCGGGCUUACAAUUAUAUGACCAUACAAAACACUAAAAUAGAAUAAAUUGCAAAUAAAAUGGCAAUUUCAUAUUUCAAAUGUAAAUGCACAAUAACAAACUGAUGAAAAAUUCACAAAUUACAAUAAUUGCAUUGCACAUGAGUUCUGUACAAAACAUAAAUACAAUAUUUAAUUUACAGAAACAGUAUAUCAAGACACAUCAAUUUUGAUGAUAAUCUGUAAAACAAUUACGUUUUUGGUUCAGACAUAAGUGCACAUUGCAUUUCUUGCAAAAGAAAUGAGAUCUGAACUUUCCACAAUUUUUGAUGGUCGACAGUGUCCAAUUUUACAGCUUCCAAUGGUCUUCUUUCAAUAUCUUUCCUUGUCGAUGGGCUUGGCAAAAAACUGGAACUUUCUCCAGUUGAUGGUCGUCCACGUUUUCUUGUUACAACCAUUUUACCAACUUUCAUGAGUUCUUCAGCAAGCUGUAAACUGAAGUGUAGUAGAUCCAGUUGGUCUUUCUGUGGCACAGAUAGUUCAGCGCAAACUUGCUUGUACUCGAGCCACGAGUUUGUUACAGCCAUAUCAACUGCUUGAAAAUCCAAUCUUAGCGUCAAUUUUUUGGACUGUACUGUAAUUCUGUAUAGACUUAUUAGUCUGUCGUACAAGUCGACUCCCCCCCCAUAGCUGAGUUGUACUGCACUGUUACCUCUGGUCUGCUUUAUCUCUAUAUAUUUCUUUGAACUACUGUCCCACCUUCUGAUAGUGUCUCUCUCCCCAAUUCCUACAAAAUUAGAUGCGAAAGUUACAGUUCUAUUGUCCAGCCAUUUGGCAUCACCGUCUUGACUAACAACUUCUUCUGAAUACCCCCUGUCUUUUUUCUGCGUUUUGAGAGAUUUGUCAUCAGUAAGGGGGGGAUUUGAAAAUCUGUUCACGUGAGCUGUACAAGCGGCAAAUAUAUUCCUACGUUUCAAAACUUGUAGCAACUGGUAUGAUGAAAAGUAGUUGUCAAAAAAUAAACAGUUGCCCGCUUUCAAACAUUCUGUCAGCUUCAAAACAACUGCUGCUCCAAACCCAAAUAAUUUGAGGUCUUCUUGAUUUAGUUCUGUUGAUUUCCCUUGAUACAGUACAAAGUUGUAGGCCAAGCCAUUUUUGCCACAUAACACAAAAUUUUUGACACUCCAAGGGCAUGGCUUACCUUUAACAUAUUGUUUUGCAACUAAUUUCCCAGUAAAUGGGAUCAUUUGUUCAUCAACCGAAACGUGCUGUUGAAGCGGCAGUUGUCUACAUCUUGCCAAAACACAGUCAUACAGGGGACGUACCUUAUAAAAAACAUCUUCCUCACUUUCUUGGGGUUGGUCUUGUGCCAGGUUAUCUACAAAAUGCAAAUUAUUACGAAUUUGGAAAAACCGCUUUCUUGUCAUCUUAGAUUCUGCAAAUAAUCCAAU